AAGAAAGCAAAAAUGAUGGAAAGAUGACAACCAAACACAAACCAAAAAAAAUAGGAAAUAGACAUGACAGAAAGCGAAAAAGAAUCUCAAUCCACAAAAUUACUUGCAACCAUGUAACUAAUGGAAGGGACCAAGAGAAUGGGGUUUAAAAAGGCUAAAAUGGGGUCUUAUGUUCAACACAGCGACGACCCAUUUCACCAUGGCUUCACUUCACAGAAAGCAAGCUCACCAUGCUUGCUUUCUUAUUAUUCUUUUUCUCUUCUUCUCUCUCCCCUCUUUCUCUGUCUCUCUCUCAGAAGCCGAAGCUUCAUAUCUUACUCGUCGUCAACUAUUGACUCUCAAAAACCAUUAUGAACUCCCCGAUGACUUUCAAUACGAACUUGACAUUGCUGACACUUUCCCAAACGAGAGGUUGAAGAAAGCUUAUGUAGCCCUUCAAGCGUGGAAAUUAGCUGUUUAUUCCGACCCACAAAACAUGACUGCCAAUUGGGUAGGCGCCGAUGUUUGUUCUUACACCGGCGUCUUCUGUGCUCCGGCGCUCGAUGACCCAAAAAUUGAGGUUGUGGCUGGCAUUGAUUUGAACCAUGGUGACAUUGCAGGGCACUUGCCUCCGGAACUUGGGCUUUUGACCGAUUUGGCUCUCUUCCAUAUUAACUCUAACCGGUUCUGUGGGAUCAUUCCUUCUAGCUUCUCCAACCUUGUACUCAUGUUUGAGUUUGAUGUCAGCAACAACCGAUUUGUUGGCCAUUUUCCUCUCGUUGUCCUCGAAUGGCCGAGUGCGAAGUACCUCGAUCUCAGGUACAAUGACUUUGAAGGAGAAAUCCCCUCCACACUCUUCACCAAGGAGUUCGACGCCAUCUUCCUAAAUAACAAUAGAUUCAAUUCUCUAAUCCCUGAAACCAUUGGAAACUCUACCGUCUCCGUUGUCUCUUUUGCCAACAACGAAUUCCAUGGCUGCAUUCCAAGCACCAUUGGCCAAAUGUCUAACCUCAACCAAAUUCUCUUCCUCGGCAACAAGCUCAGCGGCUGUUUCCCACCUGAGAUCGGAAACCUAGUCAAUCUCACAGUCUUUGACGUCAGCAACAAUGACUUCAUAGGUCAAUUGCCGGAAUCCUUGUCUAGCCUCCAAAAUUUAGAGAUUAUGGACGUUAGCAACAAUGAAUUGAGAGGCUCUGUCUCUGGAGGCCUUUGUAAGUUGCCUAAAUUGGCUAACUUCACCUUCUCCUUUAAUUACUUUAAUGGAGAAGAUGCGACAUGUGCUACAUCUAAAGGAUCAGAGAAGCUCUUUGACGAUAGUCAAAAUUGUUUGGCAAAUCGACCUAUGCAGAAAGAUGCAAACAAAUGUAGCACUGUCUUGAAGAAAUCAGUGGACUGUGGAAAUUGUGGUGGUGGGUCGAGUUCUCCUGGUGUGCCGUCGACCUUUGAGGAUCCAUAUGAUCAGUCUCCAUCGCCAAGAUAUAGGUCUCCACCACCUCCGGUUGUGACUCCACCAUCUCCAAGCGAGACCUCUGUUCCAUCAUCACCACCGUCUCCAAUUGAGUCUUCACCACCAAUCUCGACUCCAUCCCCACCACCCCCUGUCAACUCUCCCCACACCCCUGUUCACUCACCACCACCACCGGUUCACUCUCCACCACCCCCCGUCCACUCUCCACCCCCACCAGUCCAUUCUCCACCUCCACCGGUCCAUUCUCCACCGCCUCCCGUUUAUUCUCCACCUCCACCGAUCCAUUCUCCACCACCACCCGUUUACUCUCCACCCCCACCGGUCCAUUCUCCACCUCCACCGGUGUACUCUCCACCUCCACCAGUCCAUUCUCCACCACCACCUGUGUACUCUCCACCCCCACCAGUCCAUUCUCCACCACCACCUGUGUACUCUCCACCCCCACCAGUCCGUUCUCCACCACCACCUGUGUACUCUCCACCGCCACCACCAGUUCAAUCUCCACCACCUCCAACUGCAUCUCCUCCUCCGCCUCCCUCUCAUGAUUCUUCACCACCACCCUCAUUUGAAGACGUAAUCCUCCCACCAAAUAUCGGCUUCCAAUAUGCAUCACCGCCUCCACCUUUGUUUCCCGGUUACUGAGGAGUUCCAUCUCAAAUAAUUUGAAGUUUUAUUGAGAGCCAUUAGUUUUAUGACUACAUCUUGUUCAAUUGUAAUCCUAUUUACUCUUUCAUGAAAAUUCAAAAUAUUAUUACUUUGUCACAUACAUUUAACAUCUUUAAUUUUUCCUCUUAUCCUCUUAGUGUAGCUUCGAUCUUCUUACUGAA